CACGGUGGGGCACACGAACCUUGGCUAGCUCGUCUCAAAAAUGUUAGAAAUGGCCACAUGGGAUACUGGUCGGCGGAUUUGAAUAAAGCUGGCCAGUGGUUACAAAUUAAGCUUGAGGAGGAGACUGGUGACAAAACUCAACACACAGGGAAGGCCUUCCUUGCCCCUCCGCAAUGGGUAACGUCAUGCAAAAUUUCGUUUAGUUCAGACAGUGUCAAAUGGGAGGAAUACAAGAAAAAUGAUGGUUUGGAAGUAUGUGAUGGUGGAUUUCUUCCUCGAGGCCAGCUUUAACUGAGCUUGCGGUGUAGUAGGAGUCGGAGUAGUAAGCGGAGUCGCACCAUCGUUUAUAACCUGGGGAAAAUAAUGCUCAUUCCCACACUUUGAGUUUGCCUAAGUUCUUCCACCUCUACUCCCCGGAAGGGAUUUGUUUUAAAAAGUUAUCAAUAACAUUUUCAAAAAUCCAGCCUUAUUUAUUUAUUUAUUUAUUUAUUUAUUUAAAACAGUUGACUAGUUAGUUAGUUAGUUAGUUAGUUAGUUAGUCAGAUAGCUAGCUACAGUUAUUUGCCAUUCGCCACUUUGAAACGAGAAGGAAACUGAGUCGAGUUAACUUUUGCAAAGACUUCUGGGACCGUUACCAGCUUGGGACAGGGAAAAAGAUUGGCCAAUAGCUGACUGGCGAGCUCCCAGUAAGGAUCCCAGACACAUUUGUAGCACGCCGUUAAUUUCAGCUCCGGUUCCUUUUUGUUUCUAAAGUUACGAAUUGAAAUAUUGCUUUUGCCUUUCCUAAUAGGUGUCUCUAUUGAGAAUCAAAGUCUGACUUUAAAAAAGAAUGCUUCUCUGUAAACGUUGUUAUCGAAUGAAUGCAUUUCAAAGUGAUGAAUUUUAAACAAUUGUUUCCUUGCAGGUUCGCACAGCGAAUUAUGAUCGCAACACCAUCGUGUCACACGUUCUAA